GUGGACAGUUACUGGGAUGUUGAUCGGCAGUUUUACGUUGACUGUGAAUUGCACGUGGGAUAUCGUGUUCAGUAUGCCGCGAUGAUUAUUUUUCAGUGGUUAAAAUUAUACACGUCAACAUAUUAGAAUGAAACUACAUGUGUUGAUAUGUUAAUCGUCAGCUAUACUCAGGAGGGGUGUAGUGAUAUAUAUAUAUAUCAAAAAAGUACACAACUGCCCAAACCAGUCCAUAGUUACAAAGGUCGCCUAUACGACGAGCAAGCUGCUUUAGAUACAGCUGACACGUGUGGGCGUACGGAGCGAAACGCGCAUGCGCUCUCCACCUCGACGCGGAAGUGGCGACGCCAGCUGUUCGAUGGCUUCCUGAAACAAACACUGUCCAGCCUCGGCCUCCGGACCGCAGAUCGGCGCCACGUGCCUCAGUGCGGCAUGCGGCUGGCGCAGGGACGGCUGCCCAGUGUGUGAGCCCCCCCCCCUCCCUCCCCCCGAUCAGCUGGGAUGAAUAUGCCGCUGCACCACGUCUCCGUCAUCCCCCGUGAUGUCACUUCCUCCCGCCUGUCGGGAAGCAGCAAGACCAAGGAGCGCGACCGGCAGGCAGGAAGUCCCACCUCUGCUACCGUGCCCUGCAACCUGCCUAGGACCUCCGUCACGCCGUCCAUCCAGGACAUCUGCAGCUCUCAUGCGACGGCAGUGCGUGCGGGCCCCCAGCAGCCGCUGCAGACUGCGGUGGUGCUCCCUCCCUGCGGGGGACCCCCAGUGACCGCUCUGUGCCUGGCCUCUUCCCCUUUGAGCCCUGAUUGGCUCUCGCUGCUGCGGGCGGGCGGCCCGCUGCGUUCCUCCCGCUCGCUGGACGACGUGGGCCCCCGGCCGGGCAACCUCUCCCACGGGCUUCGCUUUAUCGACAGGCCGAGCUCCGACGGCGAGCUGGCCCCGCCCGCCCUCGCCCCCCUGCUCUCCAACACCUGCCAGCUGAUCGGAGGGCUGACGGGGAUACUUGCCCCCGCGCCCCACCCCUCCAACGUGGGAAGCCUGGGCAGCUUUGCAUGCGGUCUGCACGUCUCCAAGUCCUCAAGCUGCAUCCUGGGGGUCAGCGAGCCGCUCAGUGAUGAUGACGCGUCCCUUGAGCGGCCCAGGUGGCCCCCGGUGGCUCCUCUUUGCUCCCCAGAGGGGGACAGUGAUCUGGAUCGCUGCUCCUCUGCCCCGUCAGACAAAACUGUCCCGCUCUCUCCCUACUCGCUGUCAGCUGAUUGUUGCAGGAUCUGCCAUUGUGACGGCGAUGAGGACAGUCCGCUGAUCAGCCCCUGCCUCUGCACCGGCAGCCUGCGCUUUGUGCAUCAGGCCUGCCUGCAGCAGUGGAUCAAGAGCUCAGACACGCGCUGCUGCGAGCUCUGCAAGUACCACUUCGUCAUGGAGACCAAGCUGAAGCCUCUAAGUAAGUGGGAGAAGCUGCAGAUGGCGCCCAGCGAGCGGCGGAAGAUCGUGUGCUCCGUCACCUUCCACAUCAUCGCCAUCACCUGCGUGGUGUGGUCCCUGUACGUGCUCAUCGACCGCACCGCCGAGGAGAUCAAAACAGCCAGAAGAAUUCCAGGGAUCCUGGAGUGGCCCUUCUGGACUAAGCUGGUGGUGGUAGCAAUCGGCUUCACGGGCGGACUUGUGUUCAUGUACGUGCAGUGCAAGGUCUACGUGCAGCUGUGGCGUCGACUCAAGGCCUACAACCGAGUGAUAUAUGUGCAGAAUCGGCCACAGGUGCCCAGGAACAUCGUAUUCCAGAAGCCAGCGCCCAGCGAGCCUCCCUGUGACAAGGAGGCCUUGGCACCCAUGCCGCCGGACACAAACUCAUCCCAGUACACGGAGACGGAGGACUACAGUGUGGAAAUCCUGCACAUCUGAGUGGCUUUCUGCAGCGCCCCCUGCUGGAACUGUACUGCAGUGGUCAGUGGUAGCACUGUGGUGGGGACUUUUGGCCAUGGGCACGUGUGUGAGGACCAGGCCGUGAGCAGAGUCCCGCAAUCCCAGCGCUACACAUCCCUCAUCUGCUCAUGCACUUUUUAUAUAAAUUGCUUUAUAACGUGUAUGUAAUUUAAAGAGGAAAACUUGAAGUUCAACUGAAAUAUUCCUGUUUUCUAUGGCUUUUGUAUCCCAGACAUACGUCUUUGUCAGAAAAGGGAUUAAGAACAACAAAUUCCUCCAGAAGUACUCGUUCCAGUUUUCAGAAAUAGUGGGAGUCGUACCUAGUCACAAAUACCUGGGUCCAAGAAUGAUUUUUGUAUUUGUUACAUAUUUAUAUCAUGCUGUAUUUUGACCACUUGGAACCAAUCAGAACUUGUCUUUUGCUUGAGGGCGUGACAGAUUUUACACGCACUUUCCAUAAAGAAGGAAGUAAGUUUCCUGCAGUUAGGAUGAAGCAAACCUCGGCUGAGCUGGUUGUCUGCUGUAGGACGCAGGACACCUGUAACCUUUGACUUCUGUCAGUUUGUCUAUUUUUAAUCGUAAGUAUGUUAUUGAAGAUCUCUUCUUCAUUCUGUUUAUCUAGUUUGUGUAUUUGUAAGCCUACUGAUUUUAAUGUUGCUAAGUCAUUUCCCAUAAUUCAUCUGUAAUGACCCCUGCAGGCCUGUUGGCUGACUUCAUCUGGCAUGACCUUGAUAAGCCAGUAAGCCAGCAGCUGUUGCCCUGUAUUGUUCUUUGUCUUUAGUCGCUGCUGUUGUACACUGUGCCCAGGCUGUGAGGCCUUGUGCGGAGCAGAUGGUGUAGCCUUUGGCCUCUCUGGGUGGAAGUCUGAGAGUACAGCCUUUCUCUCUGGAGGUUGUAGCCAGAAAGCCCGUACUAGAUCAGCGCUCUCUAGAAGCAGUGUUUUCUGAGAUCAGUCUCCAUAAUACAGGGGCUCUAUUUGUAGCAAGCCUGACCCUAACACUAAGCAGAGUGGUUUUCUCUGCAUUUUCAUGUUGCCUUACCUGCUGUUGCACUGAGGACCAUUUCAGGCAAGAGAACAAUGCUGCCAUCUGUUGAGGAAUGUUAUGGUGUCCCGGUAUACAUUGUCAAACAGUUUAAAAAAAAAAAAAAAAAACUGCUCUUAUUGUAAAUCAGUAAUUGAGAAAAAUCUGGGUUUGGCCCACAAUCACCAUAACCCUCUUUUCUGCCUCGAUAUGUGUGACCAGUAGCCUGCAGACUGUGUGCUGUUAAGGUGUUUGGUUUUCUGUGCCCUCUGGUAAAUGUCAGUCUUGUGAAGUGGUAAUUGAGGCUUUUGAUAAUGACCGAGGAGCAGGGCUCCUUGUGUUGUUGGAAGGCUCUGAAGUGGCCAGAGGCAGUGAAACAGUUUCACAGUUAGGAAUCCUGGCCAUGUGGUGUGGCCAGAGGCAGUGAAACAGUUUCACAGUUAGGAAUCCUGGCCAUGUGGUGUGGCCAGAUGUACUGUUUGGCCUGUUUUCAUGGGACUUGUACCUUUUAAUAAAGUCAUUUCCAAAGUAACCAUUCAUAUUCACUUAAUGCGAGCGAAGCCUCUGUGCCAGGUGACCUUUUAGACAGCUUUUCAAGCCUUUCCUAUGGUUAAUAACUCUACUGUCUCUCUCAUAUGAGGCUGUGUAUGUGUGUGACUGAUGUGUCAAUCAUCCGACCCUGUUAGCUCUUAUUACUGUACUGAUACUGUUCCACACUCUGUAACUUUACUUUGUGACUGAGUCCUUUGUGUUUGAGUUGAGUGUGCUAUUUAAAAUAUUCAUGUUGGCGUUAUUUUCAAAAUGUAAUAAAGUUUAAUAUUAACA